AUGGUGCACGGGCCCGGAUCUUCUGGUGACUCGGGAUUUUACCGUGAGUUUCUGAGUGAAGAAGUGAAGAUCAAGGCUGACCCUGAGAUAGAAGCGACAGCGAAAGAGAGAUCGUCGCAGACACACGAAGAUGAAGGAUCUCCAGAUCGUCAAAGUUUAGUGAGGGGCUUUGAUGACGAGAAAAUGAAAGAGGAAGAUCGAUUUCACGAUCUGGAAGAAAAACUCUAA